AUGGAUGUGGGUUGUGAAGGUAAAAAGUUCCAGCGGCAGCAGUGGGAUGGAGAUGGUGGUUUCGGGAAGACGGUGGUGGUAAUAAUAGUGGUUCUAUGGUGGUGGCCCAAUCUCAUGAACGAGAGGGAGGCAGUGGGUGGUGUUAGAGUAGAGGAAGGUGGGUUUGCUUGGUGUUCAAAUGGAGGAAUUGUUGAAUUCAGAAAAGACUCCAACAAUUCUUGUUCUAGAAUCGUCUGGUUAAGUUCUAAUUGCAUUCAACUCCAAGGCCUCGAUGAGAAGAAGCUUCCCCCGGCACCAACACACGCAAAUCGUCAGCAAAUGACAAAACGGAAUCGCAACCAAGAAGAGGAGGAAAUUGAAAGGUUUUCGAUGAGCAGUAGCAGCCCUAAGAGAGGGAAAAAAGUGUUGGUGGUAGAAGAUGAUUCUCUGCAGCAGAUGAUAGCCAAGAAGAUACUUUUCAAGCUUGGCAUUCAUCAAGUUCAUCUUGAAGCUGUGAAGAAAUCAAAGAUAAAAGUUGAAGUUAAGCUCCCAAUGAAGAUUAACAAGAAAAGCCAGCUACAUUAUAGGGGGAGUUUGUUGGGUCAAUUAGAAAAGAAAGCUAUAAACCAAAAGGAAGUUGUGUUCACGUGUAAAAUCCUGGGAUUUUGGUCAAAGACUAGGAACGGUCAAGUUUAUAGGAAGUCUCUUUGUAGUUUGAGUCAUUGA